UACCUACCCUAGUAGGUCAUAAUAAACAAAUCGAUUAGUUGGAAUAGGAGCAAAGAGAUCAUCAAUAGGUAGCACUAGCAUUGCGUGAUCUGUGGUGCGUGGCGAAGAAAAGGGAAGAUGGCAGUGAAUGUUGUGGAAAGCAAAGAAUGGUAUUUAGCAGGGUACGCUGCCGAAGGCGUUCCAACCACUGAUCAUCUAACGCUCCGCAGUGUGCCGCUGUCCUUAUCGCUCGAUUCCAUACCCGACGCCUAUGUAGCCGUUCAACUCCUCUUCAUCUCUGUUGAUCCUUAUCUUCGUACCAGAAUGAGCGGCCAAGAAGACGGCUUAUAUUUUCCGCAGUUCAGCCUUAACCAGGUGAUAACUGCUUUUGGAGUUGGACGAGUGAUGAGAUCCAAGGAUGAAAAGUACAGUGAGGGUGAUAUUGUGUUGAAUGCUUUCUUUCCUGUAGCUGAGUACUGUGUGGUGCCAUCUAGUGUCCUCAUAAGAAAGAUUGACCCAGAGGCUGGAAUUCCCUUGCCAGAAUAUCUCAGUUGUCUUGGGGUUCCCGGGUUUGCAGCGUGGGUGGGGAUAGAAGUGCUGGGAGAGGCGAAGCCGGGGUCAAACGCAUUCAUAUCAGCGGCGGCAGGUGGUGUAGGAAUGGUUGCGGGGCAAUUGGCUAAGCUCAAGGGUUGUAGAGUCAUUGGAAGCACCGGAUCUGAUGCCAAGGUGAGACUCGUAAAGGAGGAAUUCGGGUACGACGAUGCAUUCAACUACAACAAAGAAGUUGAUUUUGAUGCGACUUUGAGCAAAAUGAUGUGCAGGUACUUCCCUAAUGGUAUUGAUAUAUACCUGGAGAAUGUAGGUGGUAAAAUGCUUGAGGCAGUCCUGAAUCACGUCAACCCUCACGCUAGGAUUCCAGUUUGUGGAAUGAUUUCUCAAUAUAACCAGAUUUGGACAGAGAGGGAGGGGGUAAGAAAUCUGCUGAAUAUCGUGGGGAAGGAGGUAAGAAUGGAGGGCUUUUUGGUGGGCUCCUAUUUGGACAGAUUUGCAGAUUUUACUGUGGAGAUGGAGGGUUAUCUAAAGCAAGGGAAAAUAAGUUCCAAGAUCAAAAUCUAUGAAGGAAUCCAAAACUUUGCGGAGAGUUUAGGGUCCCUUUUCUCAAGCUCUAACUUUGGGAAAGUCGUGAUUGAAGUUAAUAAGCCUCGUUAAUCAGGUCAUCAUCCAUUGUUAAGUGAUGCAAGUCUCCACCCUACAUCCUGAUUCCAACUUCCAAAUGCAAUAAACACACUCCAUUGUUGCUUGCUUAUGCACUUAUGAUCUUUAAUUUAGUGUAAUCAAUCUAUUGUUCUUCAGCAAAGUUAAAUUAAAAUUGCAAACAACAUAAAAUCUAAUAUAUUAUUAGUAAUUGGGUUUUUCCUCUUCGAUUCA